UUGGCAAUUACUGAUAACGAAGCCAAUAAGGCUGUUUUUCGUCAUAAAAAAGUCAAAUUCCCUUUAUUAGAUAAAGCUAUGCAGUUAUGGGUUGAGCAGGCACUAGAUUUACCAGACGAUGCAUUAAAAUUUUCUAACAGGUGGGUUCAUAAAUUCAAGAAGAGAAAUAAUUUGCGAAAUUAUCAAUUACACGAAGAAGCAAACAGUACUCCAUUAGAAUUACUUCCAGAACAAAGGGUCAGCACCGCACUAAAUACUCGCAUCGCAACCACAAUUAGGAUGGAAAAAG